AUGGCUGCGAAGGUUUUGACCAUCUUUACCGUCAACAAAGUUCUUGUUCCGAAAGAGUUGUUCGGAAAAUCUCCAUCGCCUGCGCCAGCUCUGGGGCCUGUGAUGUCUCUAAGUCCAGCACCUGCUUUGGCUCCAAGUCCGGUGUCUGAAGCACCGUCUCCGGUGAAAGAUAUGCUGCCUGCACCUUCUCCGAUGGAAACUCCGUCGACGUCGGGGUCUCACGUGAAGGGUUCUGUAGGGAUGGCAGUACUUGUCACCAGCUGUGCAACUCUUAUUUCCUUGUUUAUCCUGUCCUGA